ACCAUCACCGCCAUAUCGUAUGUCUCCCCCUUUCGCGAAAUUUCACUCCAAUUCGAUUUUUAGGGUUUCACUUCUAUUAUUUGUAAAAUCGUAACUUCGACUACAGAUCAACCAUGGCGACCGCAUCAGGGAGGAUCACAAGAAGCAAAUGGAACUGGAAGAAGCUCGUAAAGCUGGGCUUGCACCUGCAGAGGUUGAUGAAGAUGGAAAAGAAAUCAAUCCACAUAUUCCUCAGUAUAUGUCAUCUGCUCCUUGAUAUCCCAAUGCAAAGCGGCCGAGUUUGAAACAUCAAAGGAAAUGGAAGUCGGAUCCAAAUUACACAAAGGCUUGGUAUGACAGAGGAGCUAAAAUAUGCGAAGCUGAAAAGUACAGGAACGGUGCAUGUGAAAAUUGUGGAGCUAUGACCCACAACACCAAGGCAUGCAUGGAGAGGCCGCGGAAGCUUGGAGCAAAAUAUACCAGUAAAAACAUAGCACCUGAUGAGAAAAUUGAGACUUUUGAGCUCAAUUAUGAUGGGAAACGGGACAGGUGUAAUGGUUAUGAUCCAGCUUUGUAUGCUUAUGUCAUUGAUAGAUAUGAAGCUCGUGAUGAAGCUUGGAAGAAGCACUUGAAGGAUCAGCAGUUAAAAAAGCUAGAGAAGAACAAUACUGGAAAUGCGGAAGAAGGGGUCAGUGAUGACGAGGACAAUGAAGAUGCUUUGAAAGUAGAUGAAGCCAAAGUCGAUGAAAGCAAGCAGAUGGAUUUUACUAAAGUUGAGAAGCGUGUUCGUACAACCGGAGGUGGGUCUACAGGAACUGUGAGAAAUCUGCGUAUUCGAGAGGAUACAGCAAAAUACCUUCUGAAUCUUGAUGAAAACUCUGCACAUUUUGAUCCGAAAACUCGAUCCAUGCGUGGGGACCCCCUUCCAGAUAUGAAUCCGAAUGAGAAGUUUUAUUCUGGGGAUAAUCAGAACAGAUUUAGUGGGCAAGCUUUGGAAUUUAAGCAAUUAAAUAUACAUGUCUGGGAAGCAUUUGAGAAAGGGAAUGAUGUGCACAUGCAAGCGGCUCCUUCACAAGCUGAAUUACUGUACCAAAAUUUUAAGGUUAAUAUAGAGAAGUUGAAAUCUCAAGUGAAGGAAACGAUUGUUGAGAAGUAUGGGAAUGCAGCUGCCGAGGAACCGCUUCCGAGAGAGCUCUUACUGGGGCAAAGUGAGAGCGAAGUUGAGUAUGAUCGGGCUGGUAGGAUCAUUAAGGGCCAGGAGAUGGCCCUUCCCAAGAGCAAAUGCGAAGAGGAUGUUUAUAUUAAUAACCACACAGCUGCUUGGGGCUCGUGGUGGAAGGACAGUCAGUGUGGUUACAAGUGCUGCAAGCAGUUUGUUAGGAACAGUUAUUGUACUGGUGCUGCUGGCAUAGAAGCUGCGGAAGCCGCAACAGACCUCAUGAAGGCUAAUAUUGCUCGCAAAGAGGCCACAGAGGAUGUGAUGGCUCCAACCGAAGAGAAGCAGCCUGGGACUUGGGGAACUGACAUUCCGGAUGACUUGGUUUUGGACCAACAUAAACUGGCUGAAUCACUUAAGAAGGAGGACAAGCGGAAGAGAGAAGAGAAAGAUGAAAGGAAGCACAAAUACAAUGUCAAGUGGACUGAUGAUGUCACGGCUGAAGACAUGGAGACAUAUAGAAUGAAGAAGGUUCAUCAUGAUGAUCCAAUGAAAGACUUCUUAAACUAGUUUUCAUCAAUAAUCCACACUUCAUGCUCUUAUCUUCAAGUACCCAUUUAUCGAAGAUGUUGGGGAAGUUUGUGAGCUUCAAAUUUACAAUAAUGAAACGUGAUUGUAUUAGUUUCAUAUUGUAAGUUAUAGGAGGUCGCUGGUAGUGUUUUGACACUAGUAUUAUCUCAAUUUUACUUGAUGGUGGGUUGUAAUGUCACAAUGACCUCUUUGGCAUAAUGGUUGCAUGUAAAUUUGUUCCUUUUUGCGCCAAAACUGACCAAUGAACUUCUGUUUUCUAGAAGAAUGAUAUGACUGAUUUUUUUAAUAUAUUUUAUUUUAUUUGGGCUUA